AUGAGGACCCUCGCCCUCCUUGUUGCCAUUCUCCUGCUGACCCUCCCGGCCCAAGGGGAACCACUCAGAGAAAGUGCUGAUGAGGUUCCAGCCCAGGAGGACCCUGAGGCACAGGACCAGGAUGUGGCCAUCUCCUUUACAGAAGACGGAAUCUCAACUCGAGAGGUUUCAGGCCGUUCACGGGCAGCCAUCUGCUAUUGCAAAACUGGACCCUGUGAUUUCCCUGAGCAUCGUUCUGGGUCCUGUAGGAUCGCCGGCAGACGUCACAAGCUUUGCUGUCGCUGA